GGAUCGGUCACCCGUGGGGGCGGGGAGGAGGCGCGACGCGGCCUCCGGGUUGCUGCCUUCCCCGGGGGCCGGUCCCACUGACAUCCUGGGCCGCCCCUCUCCCUGUCUCCGGGUGCUCGUCGCAGCUGUCAGGCCCCGCGGGCUGCCGCCGCUGUCACUCGCGUGCAGGUUACCCCGUGACUCCCUUUCUCUUUACUUGCUCAAGCCCCAGCUCACGGGAAACCUGUCUUCUGACCUCACUUCCCCCGCUCCACUUCUGCCUUGCUCGGAUUCUCUGAAAUCUGACCCUCUCUAGGGGCACUGUGACAAGCAGGAGGGAAGAAGCAACCUUACUCCGGAGCUGCUCCCGUCCCGCCCAUGCCCCACCCGCGGCAGGGGCCAGGGUUCUCUGACGGUCUGAGCGCGACUCGUCCCUGUGCCCUUGGGCUACUCAUUUCGAUAACAUGGCUCUUUUUCUGUCUAACAGCAUCGGCUGCAAAAACUUCCUUCUGCAGGUGCCUUGCCACCCAGAUAUGUGAGGAAAAGGGGAAACGAAAGCUCUAGAACCCAGACUCCAAUGGGCAUGGGAUCUUCCUGGAACCAGGAGAAACCAGGUUAGGGCUGCCACUUAAGUGGCCCAAGUGCUGGCUCUGCGUGCUGAAGACAGGUCACAGUUUGGGUUUGCAGCAAAAAUGCUUUCAGAACAGACAGCAGCCCUGGGGACAGGAUGGGAGUCAAUGAAUAUACAGCUGGAUGGAGCAGAGACCCAGAUGGAAAGGGGAAACCAGGAAGAAGGGCCAUGGAGAAUAGCGCCAGGGCCUCUGGAACACCUGUGCUGUGACCUUGAAGAGGAGCCACAGUCCCUUCAGGAGAAGGCUCAAUCUGCUCCCUGGGUUCCUGCAAUUUCCCAGGAGGGGAGCACAGGAGACUGGGAGAUGGCAGCUGCACUUCUUGCAGCUGGAUCACAGGGGCUGGUAACCAUCAAGGACGUGUCACUGUGCUUCUCUCAGGAGGAGUGGCGGAGCCUGGACCCAUCUCAGACAGACUUUUAUGGAGAAUAUGUCAUGCAGGAAAACUGUGGGAUAGUAGUCUCUCUGAGAUUUCCAAUUCCCAAACUGGACAUGCUUUCUCAACUAGAAGGAGGAGAAGAACAAUGGGUCCCUGACCCCCAUGACUUAGAAGAGAGGGACAUUCUGAGGGUUACAUAUACAGGAGAUGGAAGUGAACACGAAGGGGAUACUCCUGAACUAGAAGCAGAACCUCCCAGAAUGUUAUCCAGUGUGUCUGAAGAUACUGUUCUCUGGAACCCAGAGCACGAUGAGAGCUGGGAUUCCAUGCCCAGGAGCUCUAGAGGAAUGCUCCUGGGACCCCCUUUUCUUCAGGAAGACAGCUUCUCAAACCUUUUGUGUAGCACAGAGAUGGAUUCCCUGUUAAGACCUCACACAUGCCCCCAAUGUGGGAAACAGUUUGUGUGGGGCUCCCACCUUGCCAGACAUCAGCAAACACACACGGGGGAGAGACCCUACAGCUGUCUCAAGUGUGAGAAAAGCUUUGGACGAAGACAUCACCUCAUCAGGCACCAGAAAACCCACCUACAUGACAAGCCUAGCAGGUGCUCUGAGUGUGGCAAGAAUUUCCGAUGCAACUCCCAUCUGGCCAGCCACCAGAGAGUGCAUGCAGAAGGUAAAUCCUGCAAGGGCCAAGAGGUUGAAGAGAGCCCUGGGUCAAGGAAACGGCAGCGUGCCGCACCUGUGCCAAAGUGUCACGUGUGCACUGAAUGUGGGAAGAGCUUUGGCCGAAGACACCACCUUGUGAGACACUGGCUGACCCAUACUGGGGAGAAGCCUUUCCAGUGCCCUCGCUGUGAGAAGAGCUUUGGCCGAAAACAUCACCUGGACAGGCACCUGCUAACCCACCAGGGACAGAGUCCUCGGAGCAGCUGGGACAGAGGGACAUCUGUCUUUUAAAAUACGUUUCUGCUACAUCUAUGGUCAAGUCUGUCAGCUGGUGCUACCAGGAGUCACUGCCAGGGCUGCCCUUCUCCUGUACCCCUAUGGCCAGAUUCAUGGGCCCUGUCCCCAACCCUAGAAAUAUAAGGUCCUAGCAUUGGCUAGAGCAUUUCUCACCAGUUCUGUGACACACCACUUAAAAACAGAGUUCUUUGAGCAAAACUUUUGGGAAACAAUGCAUACUUCCUGGGCUGAUAUUCAGCCUGAGCCCAUUCUCAAGAAUAGAGUGGUACCAGCAGUUUAUGGCUGAAAUCCAUUCUGAUUGGUUAGGGUCUGUGCCAUACAAGUUGUUAUAACUAUAACUAUUAUAUUUUCUCUCUAUAUAUUGAUUGAGAGAAAGACCAUUUUAGCAUAUCAAAGGCUCUGAAAACUUCUGCAGUAGAGCUAACUGUUAAUGCAGUGUUUCCUAUAUUUAUCUGACCUCAGUAACAUUUCUAUUUCACAUCCCACAGAACUGGUGACUCCAUGAAAUACACUCUGGUGAACACUGGGUUAGAAAGUAAUGAGGAAACAGGAAAGAGAUAGUGAUCAGGCACUCAGAGCCCCCUUUUUGAUUCAUAUGAAAGCCAGGGGCCAGACCUUGUUCCUGUGUGGGUCCAUUUCCUUUACCCCAAUCAUCAGAUUAUACAUCUACAUCUCUCACCCCCACCUGCUGAAAAAUAGAAAGGACAGCCUUUCCACCUUCUUAUUCCUACUCCCUUCAUCCUGUACAUACAUAUAAUCCAGCUGAGAGAUCGUGCCGCAAUGCUUAGAGAUGGACCCAAUACCCCUAAGUCACCCAGGCCCACACAGAAGAAAAAACUUUAUCCCCUUGAACAGACCCCUCUCCUCUUGACUGUGUCUUUAUGUGUCUGUGUCUGUGUGUGCAGGGUCUUUGAAGAGAGCAUGCUAAGUGCAAACUGCAAGCUAGGUUUUCUAGGGACCGUGUUCUGGGGAUGAGGGUAGUGGGGAUUGUAUGGGGUUUUUGUUUUAUUUCAAGAUAGGAAGUAAUCUGAGUGAUUAAGGGAGCCCUAGUGGAAAGGGUUAAGUGUUGGGAUAAGCUGUGGGAGUUGAAUACAAAGCUUUCCCCAGUACCACUGAGAUCAAGACAAUUGUGGAUGCAUAUGUCUAGGUCUGAAUUUCUGGGCCACAGAUGGUUUUCACCUGGGAGGAGAAAGAGCAGUUGAGGUGAGCUGUUUCUUGUGAUUUCAGUCAAGGUGCAUAUAAAAGCUUUGUGUUAAGUGGGGGUUUUUUUUGUUAAGUGCUGGGAAAUUAGGACAGGAAUCACAGUGUUUGCAAGUUGUCAUCGCUCUUGUUUGCCUCAUCAAAGGGGAAGAGUUAUUCUUGAGAAUCUCAUUCUCCCAGAAACAGAACUUUAGGGGAAAUGGCUGUGGCAUAGCUUUUCAGCAGAUUCCGGGAAAUGAGCUUUCUGGUUGGUUUUCCUCCCAGUUCUGGGAUGGUGACCACACUAAAACUCUUAACCCUAGGACUUGCAUAAGUAUUCUAGUGUUCUGUUAGUUGGUGAGUUGGUCAUUGUUUCUCUAUAUUGAUGAUUGUGUUAAUAACAAUCUGAUAAUUUAAAAAUUAUCUUGUAUGUAAGAGCAGUUUGGGGCUAGGGAGGAAAAGAGCAGAGUGGGAUAUUUUCUCUUUAAUGUGUAGAUUCUGGUUUUUCCUUGAGACACUUAUUUAUCAACCACAACUGGUGUAAUGAACCAGAGAGGCAAGAGGAAGUGAGAUGCAACAGUCUAGGGAUUGUCCCAUUUGCUUAGAGAAAACUGGGUGAAUCAUGGCUCCUUAAGAGUCCUGGACCCAAAUGGAAUUGAAAAUAGGGUCAUUGUGCUGACAGGGCUUCUUGGAGUAUAUAUGACUUGAGCAGCCUGGCCCCUACCUCCCUUCUCUAUUAGAGCAGCUGUCCUUCUUUGUCUUGAAUGCACUUCUCUUGCUUAUGUUCCUGUGAAUAAAGCAAAAUAGCAAGCCCUUUAUGAGACAGGCCUUGUCAUAGGUCCUCAGAGAUAGGAACAUUUUAUGAUCAGUAAUAAGAGAUGCACCAGGGAGUAGGAAAGUAUUGGGUCCAGUGAUAAAUCUGGACUAUGCCACUUUUACUGUCUCACUUUACUACAUAUCAGUUCUGUGUAAGCAGUGGUUCAGAACCUGUUUGGGAUCACAGACUCAUUGAUGAAUCUGAUGGAAACCAGAAACCUACUUUUGAGAAACAGACAUUUGCAGUUCACUCAGUUUUGCAUACACAUUUAGCAGGCUCAGAGCCCAUCCAUGGAAUCCCUAAACUGGCUUCAAAGAAACUGACCCCAAAUGGUCAUUAUAUGUUUGUGUCAAGAAUUACAAGGCAAGGAUCACUAAAUAUUUUAAGGACUAAGAUAUCAGAGGCAUCAGGGUGUAAGGAUAGAAUCUGGUCUUUAAUGACUAAAAGGAUAUUGCUUAUGUUCUUGUCUGUUUCUUAAGAUCAUCUGGCAUGCAAAUCCAGCUCCUCACAAACCUUGUUUUAAGGACUUGAGGGAAGUGAUACUCCUUACUAUCAGAUCACGCCUCUUAAUAACGACAUGUUAACCUCCAGCCUUUUAUCUGUUUUAGUAAUUGUAGGGAUAGAAAGUGAAGCCUCCCAAGUUAGGUGCAGUUGCAGCAUCUAGCUGAAAGGCAUCAUGGAGUCUAAGGGCCUGCUGCAGAAGGGGCAAUCCUUUGGAUCAUUUCUGGUGUACCAUUGUCUUCUCUACCUCGGUCCAACACCACCUCCCUUGGACAAAAAAAAUAAAACAAGCAACAGCCAUCAGAUGAGUGAAUAGAUUUGAAUGAUUUUUCCCACAGGGAAUUAGCCUCAAAUUUUCAUGUUCUACCCAGCUUAAAAAGCAUGUCUGUGUU